AUGAAAAAAAAGAUAGAGAAAGAGAGAGUAAAUUACAAAACCCUAUAUGCUUCUUUUGUUAUUUAAAUUAAGAUAAUUAUGGAUGAUGAUAUGGUUCACAUUAAUUAGACAUUUUAAUAUAUUAUCAUUGUACUUUCCUCAUUUUAACAAUUAAGCUUUGCUUUUGAAAAUUAUUUCUUUUAAAACAUAGAACAUAAUGGAUUUAAGAAUUUUUUUAUGAAUAUUUCUACAUUUACAAGACCUUAUGUAAUGUUACCUAAAAAUUUUGGAGUUUUUUCAUUUGUUAUACCUUUGACACUUUUAUUUUUAUAUGAAGCCAUAAUUUUCUAUAUUUUCAUUUGUUAUGCUAGAUGUAAGAAAUAAAAGAGGAUAUCUGAGAUUCUCUUGCAAUAAAAUAGAUUAUUUUAAAUUAUAUUGAGAGUCUAUUCUUAUAAAUAAGCAUUGUUAUAUUAUUUAAUAUUUAUUCCUUAAUUAGAAUUAAUAACAUCAUCAAUUUAAUAUUAUUCAUAAGAAGAACACUUAAAUUUAGUGGCUUUACCUAUUUCAAUUAUAUCUUUUAUUUUAAUCAUUUUGAAUUUGAUAUUUUACUUAGUUUGCAUCCAAUAAUCUAAUCAUAUAAAAGUGAGAAAUUUAAAUAUAUUAUCAUAAUCCUUUAAUCAUUUUUUAAAUCCAAUAUAUUCAAUUCUAAUAGUAUGUUUAAAUCAAUUUGAAACUAGUAAUAAGCCAUUAAGAUUUUAUUUAAUUGUAACAAUUUUAUUAGUAAAAUCAGCAUUUAAUAUCUAUAGUAUUUUUGCAACAUUUUAACAUCUUUAUAAACGAUGCAUAAUUGAAUUAUUUUCAGAAUGUUUUUAAUUUGCAAUGUCCUUAAUAUUAAUGUUUAUUCAAUUAUCAUAAUUUAAGUCUGAAUAUAAAGAUUAUGAAACUGCUUUAAUUCUUAUAAUUAUACCAAUUGCAACCUUUGUUCCCUUAAUUUUAUAUAAUAAUCUUCAUUAUAGUAUUAUCCUAAAUAAUAAUCAAAUGAUGGCUAGUUAUUUAAUGUUGUAUAAAAUUGGUUCAAUAAUUGAUGAAUUUGGAGAUAUAAAACAUUCCUAUUUACAUGAUAAUUGUAAAAUAAUACAAAUUAUUUAUUUCAAAUAAGUUCAUUUACAACAUUGUUCAAUACCAAAAUGUUUAUGUACUCAACAAUAAUUAACUUUUGAGUAAAUUAUAAAUCUAUAUUUAAAAGAUUAAGUUAAUUACUUUAAUAUAACAAUAAAUAAGCUUAAAUAAUAAUCUAUUAAAUAAUUAUACUUUUUAAAUUAUCUAUCUCUUAUCCAUUAUCUAGGAUUAAGUACAAGAGCAUUUCAAUAAUCAAAUAUAGUAAUAUAUCAAGAUAGUGAAAAUUUGUAAAUAUAAAAUAUUAGAUUAUUAUAGUUCAUCUUAAUUCAGCAAAGUAUUAAUUGCAAAACCUGGAAGUUAAAAAGCUGGAUCUAGUAAUAGUUUGGAUCAAUAGAACAGUUCUGUUUAAAAAUCAAAGACUGAUAGUAAACCUGAUGAAUUGAUUCACAUAAAGAUCUAGAAUAUGGGAUUUAUAUAUAAAUAGAGAUUGAUCUUAAUGUAAGAAUUAAUUAAGAAGACUAUGAGUACUGGAUUAGGUAAAUAGAGUAAUUAAAUAUUAUCUGAUAAUCUUGAACAUGCUGUUAAAUUAUUUUUAAAUUCAGAGGAAAGUAAUAAGAAAUUGAAAAAUAAGAUAAUAAAAAUGAUUAAUAAAAAGAAGGAUUUCUUUAUUAACUUAACUUUAUCAAAUUCUAAUUUUAAUUUAUUUAAUUCUGCUAAGUAAAUGAUUAUGAAAUUAACAUUACUUGAAGAUGAACUAUUAAAAUUAUAUUUCUAAUUUCCAAGUAAAUAUAUAUUUAUAUUAAUUUUAAAGGUAGGAAAAUGUAAGCACUCAAUACGUUUUAUUAAUCAGAAGUUAUGAAUAAUUAUUUUUAAGCUUUUAAAUUAGCUACAGUAACAUCAAUUUCUGAUGAAAAACUAUUUAAAAUGUAAUCUUAAAUCAGUUUUGAUAUGUUUUCAAGCAAAUUAGAUUAUAUAAUAGUAGGAUUUGAUGAAAAAUCACAUAAAUUACAAAUUCGAUAAUGUUCUAAUUAGAUUCAUGAAUUUUUUGGAUAUAAUUAGGAAAAAUUUAAAUUAAUCAAAACUAUUGAUCAUUUACUUCCAAAUAAUUUUGACUCAAUCCAUUAAAAGUUUGUUUAACAUUUUCUAUCAUCUGGUCAUUCAAAAUUCUAUCGUUAAAUAGAUUAAAAUUAUUGUAGAUUUCAACAGAAAUUUAUUAAAUAAAUUGAUUUUUUCUUUGAUAUCAAUGUUAGUAAUUUAGAAGAUUUAACAUUUGCUUGUUUUUUUUAAAAUAAAGAUAAUUAAAAUGCUUUUAUGUUUUGUUGUAAUAAUAAUAAAAUUUAGAGUAUUAGCAAAAAUUUUGUAAAUAAAAUAGGAUAUCCAAUUAAAUUAAUUACAACAUUAAUGGAAGCACUUAAUAAAUAACCAUUAUCAAAAAUCUUUCCUAAAUUGUAAAUGGUUAUGGAGAUGAAUGCUACUAAAUUUUCAUAUGAUAAUGAUGAUUUUGAAUAAGAUGUAAUGGAUUAGAGUGAAUGUUAAAUUCAUAUGAAUUUACCAGAAAUUGAUAGUUUAAUUAAAAAUUAAAAAUAUAAUUGGGAUAAUGAAACAAAUUGUUAAUAGUUUGUUGUAGAUGCUGUAUUUCAUUAUAGAAAGUUGAAAUAAGAUAUAUCUAGUAAUUAUGUAAUAGUAGAGAUUAGAGAGGCUAAAAGGUAUAUGAAGAGUUUUAGUACACCAUAAUAAACUGAAAAUGUUACUCCAACACCUGGAGCAUCUUAAACUUACUUUUAAGAUAAUUUAGAUGAUUUUGAAGAUUUGGAAUUUUUUGAAUAAGAUGAAUUUUUAGCUAAUAUCCCAAGAGCAUUAGAAUUUGAUUAAACAUAAAAUUAAAAUUAACUUAUGAAUUUUGAAUAAGAUUAAUCAGAGAGUGAUGCUUAAUUUGGUAGAAGAGCAUUUAAAAAUUAAAAGAAUUAAAGUUAAUCAUUUUAUCCAAAUGUUUCUUUAGUAAGCCCUAAGGAUGUAGGUUAAAAAUUGAUAUGUAAUGAAGGAGGAUUAUAUGAAAGUAAUAGUAGAAGAAAUCAUGAUGCUAGAUAGUAAUUUUUUUCAGCUGUUGAUUAAAAAGAUGCUUCAUCAAAUGCAGAAGAAGAGAGUGUAAAUGAGAAUGAUAAAGAAAUGAAACAUGAAAAUUAGAUUGAUAAAUUAUAAUUAGAUGAUAUUGAUUAAGAAUUAUAAGAGAAUAUAAAAAUGUAAAUGUAAUUAGAAGAAUAGAAUCAAAAUGUUGUUUAAAUUGAUGAUAUUGGAUCAUAAGUUAGUUCAAUUGCUGCUUUUAAAAAGUCAAAAUAUUCUAAGAAAUAUGAUUUAAUUUAAAAAUUGAUAACAUCUGAGAAAUUCUCAAAACAUUAUUAUAUAGCUAGAAUAUUCUUAACAAUUUUAUUUUUGUUAUUCAUUAUUUUUUCAAUUGUUUAAAUGAUAUUUUCAUCUGAUGAUUUAAAUAGAUUUUUAUAAGAAUUAGAUAUGGUUCAAAUAAAAUCAAAUAUAGUAGCUCCAAUUGAUAAUUAUAUUGUAGCUUAAAAUGCUGUGAUGUUUUAUGCAAUUUUGAAUAUGAUUGGAAUGAUGAAUAAAUCAACUGCAGCUAUUAAAUUAGAAUAUGCAAAAAAUGAUAUAAGUUACAAUUAUGAAGAAUUAAAGUCUAGUUAUAUAAAGUAAUUAUCAAAUUAAUAUUUAAAUCCUUUUUUUGAGGAUAAAAAUUUUACAAUAAUGUAAUCUGAAUAAACAACAACAUCUAAUAGAAAUGUAUCAGCAAGAGAAGCAAUUUAUCUUUCUUUAGAAGCAGCUUAUUAAUUUGUAUUGCUAGAUUAUUUAAAUAUAUUUACUUCCUUAGAUCCUACAUCUGGAUUUUUUGUGUAUCUAUUUGGAAAUUAUUAGACUUUUUAUGAUUAAUUAACAAUAGUAAAUUAAGAUAUGUUAUCUUAUUCAGUAUAAAGAUCAAAAACAGUUAAGGAUAAAUGGUUAUCUUUAAUGAUUCCUACUUUGAUUAUAGGUUUUCUUUUAUUAUUAAUAGUUGUUAAAUUCCAUAAUUUCUAUUUACAAUAAUAUGAUCAAUUUAUUUAAUUGUUCUCUAUGUUGGAAUUAGUAUGGGUAUAAAGAGACAUAGAUAGAUAUAAAGGCAUAUCUUCAUUAGUAAUUAAAGAUUCUGAUGUUUUAUUCAAAUAUUAAUUUGAUAUUGAUUUGAAAGAGAAGUUCCUAGCUGCUGAAGAUAUAAGAAAAGAAAAGAUAGCUUAAAAUUAGAAAGCACAUAAAUAAAAAUAAAAAGCUACAAAUUUAAAUUUUGAUCAAAAAACUACAAAAAUACCAUCAUUAGUAAUUUAUUCAACAAUAUAUGCUUUAUGUUUUGGAUUAUGUUUUAUAUCAACAUCUUUGGGAGAAUCAUAUUUUUCAAAAUAUCCAGAUACUACAAAUUUCUUUAAUACCUUAUGUGAUGUAAGUAUAGCAUCAACUGGAGUAUUUAGUUUAAGAUAGAUUAUAUAUGUAGCAUCACCCAAAGAUUAAUAAGCAUUUUUUUUUAUUAAAGAUACUGCUUAUUUUAUUAAAAUAUUUUUCUAACAUAUAGAUACAAUAAAUGAAUUUCUGGCAUAAAUGUCAGAAUUUGAUCCAUCAACUUUAAUAACAUCAGAUGCAUUUAUAAAUAAGAUCGAAUAACUUAUGUAAAAUGAUGUUUGUGAAUUUCUUCCAGAAGUAAUUAGUCUUAUCAUAUAUUAUUAGUUUAAAAAAGAAAGUGCCUAAAUUCAUUGUGAUGCUGUUUAUGAUGGUGUUGUUAGAAGAGGAUUUCAACUCUCCUUAAAUACUGUUAGAAAUGAAUUACUUAAUGAAUUUAAAACUUCUUAAAAUUUUAGUGUUUAAUCAUAUUCACUUAAUGAAUAACUUGAGAUAGGUCUUAUCAAUUAUGAUGCUGUUUCAAAUAUCAAAUUAUAAUUUUAGGAUGAACUUGUACGAUUUACAAAUAAUCUUAUUGAUUAGAUAUUGGUACAAAUUAUGAUUAAUUUUAGAUUAUUAAUAUUUGUGCUAUUAUAUUUUAUAUUAUAUCUAUUGGAAUGAUGUAUAAUAUGGUUACUUAAUUGUAUUACUAAGAAUUCAAAUUAGUACUUAAGUUUAUAUUAUUAAUGCCUUAGACUUCAUUGUUUUUAGAUAAUCAACUUGAUAGAACUUUAAAAUAAAUUAUUAUUAAGCAUAAUUUAACUUGA